CUCUCCUUCGCCAAAAAAAAAAAAAAAAUCUUCUCACAAGAAAUCACACUUAACACAUCUCAUCUCUCUCUCUCAUCAACUACACCAACAUGAAGUUGAAGAGCAAAUAAACUUGUUUCCUUAGUUCUUAGCUUCUUCUUUGUACUUCAACAAAUACAUAUAUAUCUAUAUAUAGCUAGAUAUCAUCAUCAUGUCUUUGGAGGAUUCAUUAAGAUCUCUCUCACUAGACUAUCUUAACCUACUAAUAAACGGUCAGGCUUUCAGUGAUGUAACUUUUAGUGUGGAGGGUAGAAUCGUCCAUGCCCAUCGUUGCAUCUUAGCAGCAAGAAGCUUGUUUUUCCGCAAGUUUUUUUGCUCGGGUGGACCCGAAUCUCCAACCGGGUCAGAUCCUUUAGGCAGCGGGUCAUCAAGAAACAAUAUGGGACCCAAUAACUCACCAGCAAGAAACAACAACAACAACACAACAAGCAGUAAUAAUUCGAAUGUGGUGAUACCGGUGAAUUCGGUUGGGUACGAGGUGUUCUUGUUGAUGUUGCAGUUUUUGUACAGUGGUCAGGUUUCUAUUGUACCUCAAAAACAUGAGCCCAGACCUAAUUGUGGUGAGAGAGGUUGUUGGCAUACACAUUGUACCUCAGCCGUUGAUCUCGCUCUUGAUACCCUCUCCGCCGCUAGAUCUUUUGGUGUCGAACAACUUGUCUCCCUUACUCAGAAGCAAUUAGCCAUCAUGGUAGAAAAGGCCUCAAUUGAGGAUGUGAUGAAAGUUCUUUUAGCAUCUAGAAAACAAGACAUGCAUCAACUAUGGACAACUUGUUCUCACUUGGUUGCAAAAUCUGGUCUCCCACCAGAAAUUCUAGCCAAACAUCUCCCCAUUGACGUAGUAGCGAAAAUCGAAGAGCUACGUCUCAAAUCGUCGCUGGCUCGACGUCCUCUGAUGCCACACCACCACCACCAACACCACCACCAUCAUGAUUUAUCAGUAGCAGCUGAUCUAGAAGACCAAAAGAUUCGAAGAAUGAGACGUGCACUUGAUUCGUCUGAUGUUGAGCUAGUUAAGCUAAUGGUAAUGGGUGAAGGACUAAAUCUUGAUGAAGCAUUAGCUUUACAUUAUGCAGUAGAGAAUUGCAGCAGGGAAGUAGUGAAAGCAUUGCUUGAAUUAGGUGCUGCAGAUGUGAAUUACCCGGCUGGACCGGUUGGAAAAACACCUCUUCAUAUAGCAUCUGAAAUGGUGUCACCGGAUAUGGUUGCAGUCUUGCUAGAUCAUCAUGCUGACCCAAAUGUGAGAACCAUUGAAGGGAUCACACCGCUCGAUAUCCUUCGAACGUUAACCUCGGACUUUUUGUUUAAAGGCGCGGUUCCUGGACUUACUCAUAUCGAACCGAAUAAGCUCAGGCUUUGCCUUGAGCUAGUUCAAUCAGCUGCAUUGGUGAUUUCAAGAGAAGAAGGCAAUGCUGCUGCUGCUGCUGCUGCAGCAGCAAAUGCAGCUAAUUCGAAUUCGGCGUCAAUGUAUCAUCAUCAUCAUCAUCCACAAAUGAAUGAUGAUCAUACUCAUAGUAGUAGCUCAAAUAGUAGUGGCAAUUUGAACCUUGAUUCAAGGUUGGUUUAUUUAAAUCUUGGAGCAGCUGCAGCAGCACAAAUUGGAUGCAAUAAAAUGGAGGUUGGAAGUGGAAGAGGUGAAGAUAAUACUAGUCAUCAUCAACAACAACAUCAUCAUCAUAGACAUGGUUCUUCUCAAGGUGGUUGUGACACAUCAAUGUACCACCAUAAUCAACAUCAUGAGUAUUAGGUCAACUAUCUUUUAUAUAUAUAUUUCUCUAGAAUUUACCUUUAUUAUUAUUAAUAUAUAUAUAUAUAUAUAUUCACCUAUGAAUUAGUGGGAUAGUUGA